AUGUCGCGUUCAAUAACUCAGCGUUCACAUCUUAAGGAUAUAUACCAACUGUACCGGACGAUUGAGACGGCAACCGAUGGCCAGGCUUCAAUAAUCUCAGUCAGUGAAAUGUCAGUGGUGAUCUCGCUGCACCCUAAAUCUGGUUACAACGCACAUGCUGCCUUCACUGUGAAAAUUACAUGUCCCGUUACCUAUCCAAGGGAGCAUCCAGAACUGACGUUCUGUUCGCCGAUCUUUCAUCCGAACAUCGACACUUUUUCGGGACGCAUUUGUCUAAACCUUAUCGAUGAAUGGCUUAGCUGUUACAGUCUUCUGGAUGUGGUGAAAGCUCUUCUCUACCUCAUCAACAACCCGAAUUUCAAUGAGGCAAACAACAGGUUCGCCAACCUAAAAAACCCAGACCUUUUUGCGAAGAAGACAAUUCGAAUGCUGGCAGUUGGCGAGGAAGAGGAUGACGGCAAGAAUGGCGAGGUGCAGGCGGUUUGUGUGGACGUCGGACAAGAAUCAGACGAUGAGCACGACGAUGUCCUUGACGUCAUUGCCUCUGCGUACAAAGAAGACGACAAUGAAGAAAUCAAAGGUGAUACAGCCGUGUUUGACGACAAUGUUCUCUCGUUUGCAAACAUUCGAUUCACCGUUGCUUCAGAGAACGAAUCGCAACUGUCCCCACCAUACGAAAGCGACAACAUAUGUCCAUUUUUUGAGACCCAGCGUAUUCUUAUUUGGUAUCCAGCAAAUUGUUCCAAUGCCAAUACCCCCUCUGUGUUCUACUUCUUCGAGCCCCUUGGUGGUAAUUUUUAUUGGGUGAAAUUUCGCGAUCUUUACAACACGCUGUUUAACGGCAAUGUGUUACAGUCGAUGAAAACUCAUCCUGAAUCUAGACAAACAUCGAGUCUCUGUCCGUGGUACAAUUUCUUUUACCACGAGCCCCUUUCCUAUCAGUCAAGCACCACUUCCUCCUCCAAACUAUCCUUCUUCUUUUCUAAAAAAAUGUUAAUGGGGCCUGGAUUGACCGACGACUUUUGUCCGUGGUCUCAUGUAGACAGAGGAGGUAUUUGGGACAUCUUGAGUGGGAUGUUUUGUGAGGAACGACAACGACUAAGUUGGACUGAGAACACGUCUGUGGAAAACAGUGUGGGUAGCCAUGACACGGCUUUUCACUUCAACACCAGUUUUGAAGUGGAAGAUAGUGGCAAAGAAGAAGAAAAAGAAGAGGAGAAGGAGGCCAUUAAAGAGAUAGCAGAAUACCGUGAUGCGGAAACACUGAAGCAGGUGGAUGCGAAUGAGGUGGAAGUGAAGGAGGAUGUGGAAAAGUUGGAAUCUAGUGGAAAAGCAAAUUCGCUUUUGGAAGACCAUAAAACAUGUGAUUUUGAUGGCAGUGAUGGAGUGCAAAGCAACAUUGGUGAGGUUGAAUUUGAGGAAGUUACCGCCCAUGAGCAGGUCAAUGUUCACGAGGACACGCAGUCAUCGAGGUCUUCAGAAACAUACAAAGAGGAAGAUCCAGAUUGGAAUGACUUGGGCAAAGGUGGAUACAGUACAAACAAAUACUUUUGGUGGGUAGAAGUAAUUAACAUGGACAUGCGGCCACAGUGGCAUUGGUUUUUUCGUCAAACACGUUGGCCUUUUCGAUUUGCUCCACAGCAGAAUGUUGAUGUGUCUGUGCAUGAGAAUCGUAUCCCGCCAUGGCGAGCGAGCGUCGGACGUCUGUUUUCUGAUGUCUGCAAUUUUUGUGAACAAAACCCCCAAAUGCGAAAUCUCAUUCUUCUCGAUCCAAUGGCCUUAUCACCGCUUUCUCCACUGCUCAAUCUGUUGCGACACUCCGUGGAACCAAAAGCUCACCUGACUGGUAUUCUGUGGAUGACCCCGAUUGACGCCCUUUCCCCCUUCUACCGUGUUCCCAUUCCUCGUCAAGAGGAGGACGCGGAGCAAGCGGUGGGUGAGCACGUCUAUCCGCAACCAGGUUAUCUGCGAUUCCUCACUGUGGCCGCCUUUGUGUCCAAUUGGUUUGCCUGGUUCUCUCGAGUUGAGAUUUACUCGUCAAUGGGGGUAUCUCGUUUUUCGUCAACAGCCAUGUCCGACUCCGUGGCAGGGUGUGUGUUACAGCCAUACAUUUUGGGAUGUGGACAGAUACCACUUAUCGAUCUGUGGCCGCUUUGGUUGGCUCGACGACUGCCACUCCUGCCCUUUCAUUUACCUCGACUGUUUGGCAAGCACAUCUCGCGACACUUCUUUCCCUUCACUGACUUGGAUGAAAUAUGA